AUGUGUCAGACUCUCACCUCCUUCCAGACAAUCCCUUUGGACAUGGCUCCAGAGCUCACCCGAGCUGUCACUAAUGUGGUGUGCUCCUUGUGCUUCAACACCAGAUACAAGAGAGGAGAUGCAGAGUUUGAGACCAUGCUGGCAUACAGUAAAGGCAUAGUGGAUACAGUGGCUAAAGACAGCUUGGUGGACGUCUUUCCCUGGCUUCAGGUAUGUACAUUUACUAUGCAUUACCUGUGUUUUAUCCAUAUAAAAAUGCUCACUAUUCUGCUGCUCUGUUCAGCAGUCAAGAACAAAAAGAAAUACCCUGGUGAAUCUGUCAAAGACUUGUUGGAUGCUCUUCUGAAAGCCAAACUUAACAUGGAAAACAACAACAGCAACAUAUCACAAGAUGUGGGGUUGACGGAGGAUCACAUCCUCAUGACUGUAGGGGAUAUCUUCGGAGCAGGAGUGGAGACCACAUCUACAGUUUUGAAAUGGGCUGUUGCCUAUUUACUGCACUAUCCAGAGGUCCAGAAGAAGAUCCAGGAAGAGCUGGAUGCAAAGGUCGGAUUUGGACGAUAUCCACUCCUUAGUGACAGGAAAAUCCUCCAUUAUACAGAAGCGGCCAUCUCUGAAGUGCUGCGAAUUCGUCCCGUUUCACCAUUGCUUAUUCCACAUGUGGCUUUAAAAGAUUCCAGCAUUGGAGAAUACACCAUUCCUAAAGAAGCCCGUGUGGUUAUUAACCUCUGGUCUUUACACCACGAUGAGAAGGAAUGGAUUAACCCUCACCUCUUCAAUCCAGAUCGAUUUUUGGAUGAAAAUGGAAACCGUGUGUACUCCCCAAGUCAGAGUUACCUUCCCUUCGGAGCAGGGAUACGUGUGUGUCUAGGGGAAGCCCUGGCUAAGAUGGAGAUCUUCCUGUUUUUGUCUUGGAUCCUCCAGAGGUUCACACUGGAGGUUCCUGAAGGAGACCAUCUGCCAGACCUGGAGGGGGGAAGUUUGGUGUUGUGAUUCAGGUGAAGCCGUUUAGAGUCAUUGCUAAGCUGAGAGAAGUGUGGAAGAACGUAGAAAUCAUUACAUAA